AUGCGCCGGACCCUCCGCCUGCUCGCAAGCGUCAAGCCGGCGCGGUACCUGGAGGCGAGCACGCCGACAGGGCUGACGGGGCUCAGGACACAUGCGUCGCCGCGAUCGACGCUGCUCUUCCUCUACCAGACGACGCUCGUGAAGCUGCAGGACGUGCCCGAGCACUCACUGUACCGCCAGUCAGUCGAGGCCGUGACACGCCACCGCCUCAGCCUCGUCGAAGGCGUCGAGCCCGAGGGCUACGAAGCCUGGGCCGAGCGUGCCGCGGAGCUGAUCGAGGAGCACCCAGAGCACUUCCAGGGCACCGCCAGCGCCAACAACGCCGCUAACUUCGUCGUUGGAAUCCGCAGCGAUGUCGUUGAAGGCGGUAGCGACGUCUCUGAAGAGGGCAGCGACCAAUUUGUCGUCCGCCACCUGCCCAACGAGGUUGACCAACGCCUGGAGGAGUGGGACGGCGCCGACCUCGGAGCCAUCAACAAUGAGUACGCCAAAAAGCCUGUCACAGAGUACAUUGACCGCCUCGCGGCCCUGUGCAACGCGCAAGCCACCGAGGAGGGCAAGAUCACCGCCAAGCACAUUGAGUACAUUCAAGACUGGGCCGACGAGCAUACUACCGAAGACGAGUCCGAAAAGGUCGCCUGGGAGCCCGAGCCGAAGUUGACGGCUGAUCAAAUCUCUGAGCUCGAGACCAAGAUUGGUGCUGGCCUGAUUGAGGAAGUUGUCCAGGUCGCCGAGGGGGAGCUCAAGCUGGUGGACAUCAUGCUGCAGUCGAGGCCCUGGGAGAGCCUGGAAGAGCAGCCCGCCGAGGGGCAGUGGGCCUACUUUGAGCGGAAACAGUAG